AUGGAGCCGGCCCGGGAGCCCCCCGCGCGGACCCGGCCCCCGCCGCCGCCCGCCGCGCGCCCCGCGCCCGCCGCGCCCCGGCCGCGCUCGCCCGCCGACGCCGAGGCCCGCGGCCCCGAGGGCCUGCUGCGGAGAUCGGGGUCGGGCUACGAGGGCAGCACCAGCUGGAAGGCGGCGCUGGAGGACACCACCACGCGGCUCCUGCUGGGGGCCAUCGCCGUCCUCCUUUUUGCCAUUCUGGUGGUGAUGAGCAUCUUGGCUUCCAAGGGCUGCAUCAAGUGCGAAGCACCCUGCCCGGAGGACUGGCUACUCUACGGCCGGAAAUGCUACUUCUUCUCGGAGGAGCCGAGGGACUGGAACACGGGCAGGCAGUACUGCCACAGCCACGAGGCAGCGCUGGCUGUCAUCCAGAGCCAGAAGGAGCUGGAGUUCAUGUUCAAGUUCACGAGGAGGGAGCCCUGGAUUGGCCUGCGUAGAGUUGGGGACGAAUUCCACUGGGUCAAUGGGGACCCAUUUGAUCCGGACACAUUCAGCAUCUCGGGUCCGGGGGAAUGUGUCUUCGUGGAGCCCACCAGGCUGGUAUCCACAGAGUGUCUGAUGACCCGGCCCUGGGUGUGCAGCAAGAUGGCCUACUCGUGAGGCCCAGCAGGCCCGAGGUGGCUUCUCCACCCAGGCCCGAGGGUAGGCGGGCGACCCCCCAGAGUCCUGCCCCCAGUGGGAGCCGCCUGCCCUCUCCAAGUGGAAGUGGCAUGGGAGGGGCACCUGUCCUGCCCCUCUCUGGAGCUCUGAGGCCCCCAUUCCUGGUCUCUUCUGUCCCCAGGCAGGUCCUGUGGCUCAGCAGUUAAACCCCAUAUUCUAAGUAGCACACACGCAUAUGCAAAUGCACACACAAGGGCCCUGCUCUGCCCCCCCCCCCGCCCCGGCUACCCACAAGCCCUUCCUUGGCCCUGGUGCUUGGGGAAGGGUGGGGGCUGACGAGGACACCAUGACCCGCCACCCUCCCCUGUGGCUUCUCUCGGGGUGCAGGGAAGGCAGGCAAGGCAAGGCUUCCUCCUCAUCCUGACCGAUGGAGCCCAGGCCUGGAGGCCCCCGCGUCGUCUUCUGCCCUCCCGCCUUCCCGGGGUCCUCAGGCAGGGCCCCUGCUGUGUCCGUGGUGCUGUUGUAUCGAUCACUAACGGAAUAAAAAGAUGACUGGCG